AUGACCAGCACCACUUCUGUUCUCAGCGCCACCGGCUCUACUACCAGCGGACUCAUAGAUGAAUCUCAAGAUGAUGAUUCGCAAUCGGCCAUCGGUUACUAUCAACCUAAGCGGAAGAGCUCCACAAGAGGCUUGAAAAAGAGGAUUCUCAAGAAGCUAAGACUUAAAAACUAUGAAAAGUGCUGUCCUUGUGCGUCAUGUGGGAAUGUAGUUAAACAAUAUACGCUUGUUUACUAUACUGUUGGAAAUAAACCUGCGAAGUGGAGGAUUGGGGGGAUUAUUGAUGUUUUCGACCGAAUAACACGGCGGGUCACAAUAUAA